UUCAGAAAUGGAGGGUAUUAUUUGGAUUAACCAUUCAAGAACUUUAUAGAUGAUACCAUUUUACACCUAGACAUGCUGCACAGUUCCUCUAACAGGGCCACACCUACAGGCGAGACAAUCACAAAGCUUGUACGACAACAUUACAAACCCGAACCAAAACAGGUGUAUAGUCAUGAAAAGGUGCAGUGCCGUACUGAUAUCACAUGUCAGAAAAGUAAACCAGAUGAUUACUGGACCACAAACUACCGUCGACGGCAAGCCAACAUGCAGAGAGGGUUUUACAGUUCCUCAAAGGAGCCGUACAAACCUAUUGGUGGACAGUUAAUUCUUGACCCAUGUGAACUUGUGCUAUCCGCAGUACCUGGAACGGUUGAUAAAAAGAUCAACACUCGGACAAGGAGAAGGGGUACUAUCUAUGAAGAACAGAAGAUCGAAACCAAACCCAGUGGAAAGGAGAAAACUGAUGAUGGGAGUGAUUCAUUUACCAGCUUGGAUCUGGUAGAUAAUGCCCCCACAGGAGGGUAUGAUGACAUCAAGAAGUUGCUGAAAGAAUCCAAUCAAAGAAUCAUCUGUUUACGAGCCGGCUCAUGGUAUGAGGACCAUGUUAAGACUGUUGAGGGUGAUACAAAUGACAGCUGUAAAUUACAGAUACACAAUAUAUUGGAACAUGAUUAA